AUGCUGAAGAAGUUGGCAACACGCGCAGUGUAUCACCUCGCCACACUCUCAGACACCCACCCUCUUUGCUCCAUGUUGGGCAAGGGACUCCUCAAACGGGCGGUACCACAUGCCCACCCAGCCACCUUGAUGACCCCAGCCAUGCGAGGGAAAGUCAAGAGCACCGUCAUGGAGGUGGAUGAACGUGUCCACACCUUAACUGAGAGCUUCGAGCCUUUUGCGCCUGAAGCUCGCCCAGACGAUCGGUUACUGGACCGCUAUGCAGACCGUCUCCACUUUGAUGAGCACGAUCCUACCCAGGAUAGGGCCGACCCAUUAACAGUACUGGCUGCAACUGAUGGCUCCGUCCCUCAGUCCAAUCAGUAUCAGGUGGCUUCAGCUGCCAUCAUCUACAAGGGACAUUGUGAGCUCGAAAGGACUCGCUAUGUCUCUGGCAGGGUUACCGCCCCAGAUGCGGAACUCAAUGCCAUCUUGUGCGCAGUGCGCCUUGCUGUCAAGCAGGCAAACUGCCAACAUAUUAUGGUCUUUACUGACUCUAUGGGCUUGGCCCAUAGAGCGGUCGACCCCAGUGUGCACUCUGGUCAGGCUUUUAGCCUGUCAGUCUGUCGCGUCCUUCAAGAGUGGUUUGAGGUGGACGAUCUCCGCCGCAUCACCUUUAUUUACGUUCCAUCUGCUCUGCGGUGGGAUAUUCAUGGUGAGGCACACAGGUACGUCACCGAACUCAAAGUUAGGGUUGGACGUUGCAAGACGGACAACUCUAUAGAUGCGCUACGCUCACGGGCUGCGCACUCAGUCCUGGAUUUGUGGGGUUCCACUUUCCAGGAUCCAACCUACCGAGGCUCUGAAUUCUUAGAGCUUCAACAGCCUGACGGGCAGCCGCUACAGCCAUUGUACCUCAAUGGGGGACCUUGGCUUUCAACAUUCGGACACAGUAUUUCUGAGUUCGCCCGCAUGUGCUGGUGUAUAACUGGCCACGCGCCCAUUGGAGUGUAUUACCGUCGCUUCAAGAUCAACGAGCCUCAUGGCUGCACUUGCGGGGCUGCUCUGCAGUCCUGUCAGCAUAUCCUCUUUCACUGUCAUGAUCAAUAUUCUGUACAUUAUCCCCGUUUUCUUGGGGAUAUUGCAUCGUUUAUGAAGUACAACCCUACAGUGUUUGGCUUCAACCGGGACCCUUCGGGUGUUGGAUAA